AUUUGAGGAAGUCUAGCCAUGCUGGGGUUAGAAAGGAGCUUGGGGGUCACUUGACUGGGGCAGUGACGGAUACUGCAGUCUGUUGGGCUAAAUCAGGCAAUAGGCACCAGAGGAAUAGCCCCACCCCAGCCAGGCUGGCUAAGAAAGCUGGGCCAGGACGAAAGGGUGUUGAGAAAGCUCUGGUACAUGUUAGAAUUUGGAAGGGAAGAUAGGGCACCUUUGGGUUUACCUCUGGUGCCUUAAUGGGAGCCCUUUAGGCCUUUCAUUGAUUAGCAUCUCCAAGCCUGGUGGCCUCCCUUGAGGAUAAAUGGCAGGAGGAAGAUGAAGUUGCUGAGAAGAGAUUAUACCCACCAAGAGCCUGAGGAUGAGUUGGUAGCUCCCCAGGCAGUGCCUUCCAGGGGCUCCCCAGUCCAAAGUUGAGGACUGCCCUUUGCUCCUCCUGUCUUUUUCUUUCAGGGCCCAACCACUCCUUAAGUAACUUUCCUUUGCUGAGGCUUUCAGGCCCCAGCGCCCCAGCGGCAGCUCUGGGCCCCAAACCGGUUUUCCUACCCUGUCUGGGGCUGGCACAUCACUUCUGUAGUUCCCAACUGCUGCCCCACCACCACCACACCAUGAAGUUCCUCCUCUCCCCACCCUGGAAUGUUAGGGGGUAGGGGAUACCCAAAUCAUCUUUUGUCCCUUGCCUGCACUGUGUGUGGUCCCUUCCAGAAAGGGCCACCAUGGGUGAUUUUAAAACAAGAAGGUGGGGUAACUUCCACUCCUGGCCUUCUGCACUUCAGGCACUGGGGGAUCCCCUCUAGGCCCUCAAGGCCUUGGAAACAGGGAGUACAAAAAGGAGUCAGGAUUCCCCUUGCUAUCACCCCCUCCCCCAAUCUGAGCUUGAGGUGGAGAUCAGAAAGCCAAAAGGAAGCCCAGCCUAUCCCUUGGGCCUGUUCUGGAGUAAGGAGGAAGUGGCCUUCUUUUUAGGUCCCCCUGGCCAACCCAGGCCCUUCACCUCCAGUACCAACAAGCCAAACACUUCCAUGUGUCCCUUGGCAACAAGAGCACCUCUUCCUGGAGCUGAGAUGAUCUCACGGAUGUUACACCAGCUGAAGCUGAUAGAGCCCUUGCUAUGAACCAGGCUCUAAUUACUUCAGAAAUUACUUACAGUGCCCCUACAAGUCAGAGAAACCAUGACAAACAGGCACAGGUUCAGUGAUGUGCCCAAAGCCAAUUAUUAGUCUGUAUUGGAAGCAAGCUUUCUCCCUAGGUUGACCCUGUAAGUAUCCCAUUACUGCUACUCUGUACUUCUUCACUGAGGAGGGACCCAUAUUCCUAACGCUCCUAAGGGUAGUUCUGUUUUGAAAUGGAGGAAAUCAAUUUCUAGUCCAUAGUAGAACAGCUCUUUGGAGGAGGAUGACUGUGUGUCUGCAGGAGCUCUUCUGUGUCCAUAACUAACUUCCAUUCCCCCCUGUUCCCAUACAAAUACAGGUCUUAUGUAAAUAUCAUUUUUCUGUUUUGUAAUUUAUUUUCCAUUACCUCAUUGGGACAAGUAGGAGAGAACUGUUCCCACUUCACAAAGGAGGAAAUAGAGCUGAGGAGUUAAAUAACCUGCCGGAGUUGCUGGCCUUGAACUCGUACUCUGUCUGGGAGUUGGUUACAUAUUAAAUGGCCCAGCAAGAUAUUGAAAUGGGCUGUGACGUUGGCAGUAUGAGUACAGAGCUUUGAGGAGGGAGUCAGCAAGGAAGCACUCCCAUACACCAUAUCAUACAGCCCGGAUGGUAGCAGAUUAUUAGCAAUGGACCUCCAGGUAAAGCUGACAAACAUGGGGAUGCUGCCUUUAUUUAAGACUGACAGCUAAAGUGUACAGAAGGGUGACCCCAGCCCUGUUGAUGCCAGUGCAUGAGUUUAGGGGGGGCUGAUUGGCUUUGGCCCAUCCCACAGUGGGUCAAUGGCUGGUCAGCAGGUGUCAUGAGGUCAGAGGUGAUGCCUUCUUGGAGAGGAGAGGAUGGUAAGGACGCCUAACUGCUUUUUCAAAGCCGAGGCCCAGAAAAAAGUAGCACGGGGAAACUACAUCUCCCAGAAGCCCCUGCUUCAGGGCAAGUAGCGGUGGUUGCCAUGGUUUCAGAAAACAAUAUGGCUGCUCCCAGAUGGGACGUGAGUCUCCAGGUUAGGAAGGCAGAGAACUCUGGAUUCCCCCAGUGGCGAGAAAGGAGGUGUUUGAGGGGUCGUAAGGCUGAAGCUGGAAGCUGCACGGCUGGAACGGCCUACCUUUGCCAAGGACACUAAUGGCUAGCAGCAUGGACGAAGAGGCGCUGCACCAGCUGUACUUGUGGGUAGACAACAUCCCUCUGUCCCGACCCAAACGAAAUCUCUCCCGCGACUUCAGCGACGGAGUCCUGGUUGCAGAGAUCAUCAAGUUUUACUUCCCCAAGAUGGUGGAAAUGCACAAUUAUGUCCCUGCCAACUCCCUCCAGCAGAAGCUCAGCAACUGGAGUCACCUGAACAGGAAGGUGCUGAACAAGCUGAACAUCUUGGUACCAGAUGAUGUGAUGCGCAAGAUUGCGCAGUGUGUCCCAGGUGUGGUGGAGUUGGUGCUUAUCCCGCUGCGGCAGCGCCUGGAGGAGCGGCAGAAGCGCAGGAAGCAGGGUGCUGGCUCCUUACAGGAGCUGGCUCCUCAGGAUGGCAGUGGCUACAUGGAUGUGGGUUUGUCCCAGAAGGCCCGAGGGGAAGGUGUCCUGGACCCCCAGGGAGGAGGACAGCUCAGAGGGGGUGGGCAGCUGGUGGCCCGGCCUCCUGGGUAUAACCAGGCCCAGCAGAGCGACCCAAGCUUUGUGCUCCAGAUCGCCGAAAAAGAGCAGGAGCUGCUGGCCUCACAGGAGACGGUGCAGGUCCUGCAGAUGAAGGUGAGGCGCCUGGAGCAUCUGCUCCAGCUCAAGAAUGUUCGCAUUGAGGACCUGUCCCGGCGCCUCCAGCAGGCCGAGCGCAAGCCCCAGUGAGCGGUGGGCCACAUAGGAGCCCAGAAGCCAGGACACACAGCCACCUACCUGUAGACACUUUGCAGGGAGCGCAGAGCCAAUGCUCAAAAGGCUGGCCUCCCCUGCUCCACCACUCCCUCCGGCUGAACCACCUCAGUACACUCCAUCCAGGCCAGGAGAACCAAAGCUUUCCCUGAGCCCUGCCUUGUAGCUCCCUAGGCCUUGGUCCCUUGGUUCUGUCCACAUCCCUAGAUCACAGUCCCUGCCCAGCUCUGGGGACAUCGGUGUCUCUAUCCAGGCUAGUUCUUUCUCCCCUCCGAAGUGCAGUGCAAGAAGCUGCCCCAGGAAGCCAAGGGGCUCGCCUGGGGCCAUCUUCUCUUCUGGAUGGAGACUGCAGCAGCCAGAAAGGAAUGGGUGAAGAAUGGAAUAGGGGACACAUCUGCUGUGCCUACAGCAGUCGUCCUCCCCACCCGGUGGGGUACUGUUGGGAGUGUCUGGGGGACGUGGGACAGGGUGACCCCCAUUAAAGGUGGCAGUGUGCUUUCUUUCUUUUUUUUUUUUUUGGCACCGGGGAUCAAACUCCAGACCUUGCGCUUUCGAGGCAGGCACCAGAACCACUGAGCUAAAUCCCCAGCCCUGGCAGUGUGCUUUCUUUCCUGUGCCUGCCUUCUCUUUUUGCCUGGAUCCGGAAGGGAAUGGGUUUCUGCCCCUCUUUGUUGUCUAGCCCUUACCCCCUUGGCUGAAAGAUCCUUGUUGGCUUGGAAUGGGUCUCAUCUUGUGGGCAGUAGGUAUGUGUAUUCGAUGCUUGGUAGACUAAUGAUAUCUCCAGGGCUCUGGUUUUGUGAACUUGACUUUGAACCCUGGUUUAGAUUGACCCCAAAGCCACUUUCUCAGUGUCCUUCAACCUUGUCUAAAUCCAAGCUUCAGAUUCUGUCCAACUGUGCCACACACUUGCCUCAACCGUGCCGGUGAACUGAGCCUUUAACUUGACCUAUAUGACUCCCAACCCUGCCCCCCACUGUUCUAUGGGCUGAGGCCAAGUUUUCCUCCCAACGUAAACCAAGACACAAGCUAUGGCUACAACUUAUAUGACCUUCAUGCUGAUGAUUUGCUACCAGUAAUGUUGAACAUUUGUAAAUCCCGAGAUUCAAUAAUUCCAUUCUUAGAUAUACACCAGCGAAAACUUCAUCUCUGUGUUCUGUGUUCUGGGAAACAGUUUAUAGCAGUGGUUAUAGCGUCACCCUUUGUAAUAGCAAAAGAUCUGAAAAGGACCGGUUUUAGUUAUCUAAUACUAUGUAACAAAUUACCAUCAAUUUAGAAGAUUAACAUGUGCUUAUUGUCUCACAUUUUUUCUGUGGGUCAAGAAUCUAGGCUGGGGCCGGAGAUUUAGCUCAGUGGUUCCGCCACCUGCCUCGCAAGUGCAAGGACCCGAGUUCAAUCCCCGGUACCAAAAAAAAAAAAAAAAAA